ACGCGUUCUUAUGGUUGCAAAAGGCCUCUGCGUCUCUGGUGGUCUUAGCAAUAUUUUGAUAUGGGGUCUGCGGUUGUUAAACCGUUGACACGAAGACGCGGCAAGAUCAAAUCAGACGACCCAGUCGCCAAGAACGCAAACGUUAACCAGGUGGAGAAUGUUGGUAACUGCGAACCCCAUGUUAACUUCAAGGUGGAUACUUUGGCCGACCCUGUUUCAAACCUUUGCAAGCCUGUCAGUGUAAAAUCAAGUCAUGUAGAUGCAGGAGACACUCAGCCUAGCCCUGUGGUGUACCGUACAGAAGGACCAACCCAGUACGAUAGCGACGAGGAACCCUAUCCGAUCUUGUUAGCCAAAGCAGAAAACACGAACACAAAUGUAGCUGUUGAUGUUAGAGAGAACUCCCGAGUCGACGCAGUUUCACGGAACAGUGACAUCAGUUCGAAGGAAAGUAUAAGAUAUGUGCCACAUCUGCCUCUAGAACCAAGAAAACAUCCUCCGGUAUCAAUCGAUUCUCGGAGAUUUAAAGGAAUUUCAUGUCUGUUUAAAAGCUCCAACACUGUAACCUGUCCGUCUUUUCGGACGUUUCGUAAAAAUGCCGAGAACAAAGCCAACGAGAACGUCGAGACCACACCAGCGACUGCCGUGGGAGAAGAUGAAGCGACGAAACCUGAGGUAAAUUUAGAAGAGAAAGAUGUGUGUUGUGAUGCCCGUACCCCCUCUCCCGAGUAUGACGUGCUUGAGGUUGUCGAAACGAAUCCUCGCAUGCUAGAAAAAUCGGUACCGUCACCCACACACUCCUCAGCUGAAAACCACAACGGUAUGUGUAAAUCACCCCACACAAACGAAGAGCUGACUUCGUUUCAACCUUCAAACCCUCAUUGUGAAAUAUAUUCAUUCGUCCCCAAUGUCACAACUGACCAGAUAGAUUCAUUCGUUCCCGAUGUUAUAACUGACCAACCUGACCAGAUAGAUUCUUUCGUCCCCAAUGUCAAAGUUGAACAGAUAGGUUCAUUUUUCCCCGAUGUCAUAACUGAAAAAUCUGACCACAAAUAUUCAUCUGUCCCCCAUGUGAUAACUGACCAGGUAGAUUCAUUCAUUCCCGAUGCCCCAACUGACCAGGUAGAUUCAUUCAUUCCCGAUGCCACACCUGACCAGUCUGAGCUAAUCCCAGACACGGUGCAGACGUUUGUCCAGCCGGUCGUGUCUGAGGUGAGUUGCAACGACCAGGAGGUGGAGGACUUCCUCUCUAACUCUCGUCAUCUGGGUGGUCCUCAAUUGCCGGACCGUGACUCAGUCCUCUCCCAGCACGGAGACAAUCAGAUGCCAGACCCAAGCCCACCACCUCGGGCCGAGUACGGGUUUCAGCUUAUCAAGCCAGACGAGCGAGACUCACUGAGUGAAAGCAAAGGAGAGCUGCAGCUAGAUCGUGGCGAGACACUGAGCAACUCCGUGUAUGUUCUACAGGGCAGGUGUGAGCUGAACCCACCCAACCCUUACACGGCCACUGUGGUUUGUUCUAUAAACUCAGCUCAGCCUAUCGGGGAUUGUAAUCUACCAAACAUCGGUGAUACACAAGAACUCAAUCUUUCAAACAUCGCUGAUACACAAGAACUCAAUCUUUCAAACAUCGCUGAUACACAAGAACUUAAUCUUUCAAACAUCGCUGAUACACAAGAACUCAAUCUUUCAAACAUCGGUGAUACACAAGACUAUCAUGCUCCAAGCAUUAGUGAUUCACAAGAAAAACUGGAUCAGUUGGAUAUUAUGGAAAUGAAAGCAGUAAAAUACGGUAACGAGGAAGAUCAAGAAACGAAUGGUCAGUAUGGUGGUCAGUCAGAGGAAGACACGAUGCAGGCUCUAAACAGUUGUGACAUUGGGGAAAGUUGUUUGCCCUCUGAUCAAGGGGAGAUUUGUACUUUGGACCAGAGUCAAGCAGUUUAUGAAGCGACCAAUGGGGCAGGAGAUUUUGCAGUUAAUGUCCACACCGUGAAGGAUGUCUGCGACCAUGAAGAAAAUCAACACACUACACAGGAAGAAACUUGUCCGUCGUUUGAAGAAAUAGACGAGAAACGUCUUACUACAGAAGAAAUAGACGAAAAACGUCUUUCCAUCGAUGAAGUAGAUGAAAAACGUCUUCAUCCAGACGACUCAAGCAGUGGGUGUGUGUCGGCCGAUAACAACGACGACCUCUGCGAUUCGGGCGCCGACGAAGAUAAACGUGUCGAUACAAAGGAGGGUGGGGCAGCCCCACGUCUCUCCUCCUCACACAACCACGCGGGCGACAACAACACACCUCAUCAGUCCCAUAGGCUAGGUCCCGGUGAAGCCGAUGAGAUGUUCCGCUACUCCAGGAGAUGCAGCGACUCCAACUCCCGCUCUAGCUCGGCCAGGUCCAGCAGGUCCAGCAAGUGUAGCACGUGUAGCGAGACGGGACUGGUCGACAACCUACAGCUGACCCGCGACCUCAGCAGCUCAUCGAAAAGUUCCCUCAUCAAAAGCACCUCGGAUUUACCCCCGUCGGUUAAAGGAUCUGAACACGUGAUUACCGCUGUAGAGGUCACAGCACGUGAAGGUCAAAGGUCACGGCCUGUAUCAGCGAGGUCCAAAACCCCAUUAAUGGACAAUGUUUUGCUGUGCCGGUCAGAAACUCAGAAUUCUCUCUCCUCGCAUUCCAGCGCCAGUCUGGUCAGGAGGUCCCCGUGUGUCGUAGAGGAAACAAUAAUCCCCCUCAAGUCGAGCUCCUGCAGGAUGGAACUCUCUCACAGUGCCAGACAAUCGCCUCGCAGCCCCAGGCCGAUAUCCGCUAAGUCGUACACGUCACAAGAGCAGAAACCAACCGGAAUAAGAUCUCGUCCGGUCUCCGCGUCUCACACGACCCCGCCGGUCAUCCCGGUGCCUCAGAUAGCCGGCACCCGGCUCCCACCUUUGAACCUGCCGGGUAAGAAAACAUCCCGGCCAACUUCCGGCAAACAGACGCUCUCCAAGUCGGAAGUUCUGCUGCCCAAUGCCCGGCCCAGCUCUGGUCAACUCAGCUGCACACAAUUUGCCGGUCUCUCCCGAUGUACGCCCGGAAAUAUCCGGCCCAAGUCUUGUCAUGACGGGAAAACGUGGUCACGGCCGGAACAGUUUCCGGAAGGUUCUAACCAGGAGCUGGAUCUGAACAGCGUCGUGUCAAAGUUGAGUGAGGUGAGCCUGAAGGCCGAACUACGUCACCAAGGUGAAGGUGAGCAUCAAACAGACAACCAGGACAGGGAUGCUGGCAUUACAGAGAUCGAGAGCUUCGAUGUUCCCUAUGAGGCCUCCUGUCCAUUCAACACCUGCCUGCCCACCCCGGGGGAGGGUCCCCCACCCAAGGGAGUCACAUCACCCUCACACCAGAGAUUACCCAUGCCGUCGGAAAUAUUCUGCGAGGCAGGCGACGGGCACUAUCUGCACCCCACGGAGCGAGGGUCCGUCCAUGACGUCAUCAGCCCUUGCCGGAGCCGGACCUUCUUAUCCCCGGGGGUGAGUACGGACGCCAUGCGGCCCAGGUCGGGCUCGUGUGCCCCCGGUGACACCCCUCAGUGUAUGACCCCGCGCUCGCCCUUGGACGGACAAAGCAGCCCGGAGCCGGCCGAGAAAAGCCGGGACCGGCUGGCCGAGUGUCAGCAGGUCCAGGGCCUGAGCAUGGACCAGAUCGGCAGCAUCCGGCAACAGCUGUACGAGGAGGGUCUGAAGCCGGCCGAGCGGGACGGGGGCGUGGCCUUCUUCAUCCCCAUGACGGGGGAGGGGCUGCUCCCACAGGCCAAUGGUGCCACAAUAUCCGAACGUCUGACCAGAUCUAGAAAGUGCGGCCUGAAUUAUGAAGAACGUCUGAUACUUGCCAACAUCAACCGACAAGUCCAGCUCCACAAGAGGAAGGAGUUUGCGGUCAAGGACAUCAAAAAUGUCAAGGGGGCAACUUCCGGUUCUGAGAGCACUGACCGGAACAAGCAGGAUGACGACAUCGAUAUGGACUUUGAUUGCACCUUCUGACGUCACUAAACCGUGUCUUCAUUUGAGAUUACAUUUUUACUUUAAAUUCGAUAUAUCAAUGUCCAUCUUUAUUGCUAAAAUAUGAAUGUAUUAUUUUUUUAAAACUGAGUAGAAAAUCUCAUAAGAACAAAUGUACAAGAUUUAUUAAAGCCAGAUCGAAGUUAAGUGGUACCAUCUACUACCUGAUGUCGACAUGAAAAUACGUGGACGUAUAUCCCUGGAGCUGUUUCAUCAUUUUCUUUUUUCAUCCGUAGCUGUGGCUAUGACGUUCAAGUUGGACUUUCUAUUUUGUAACCGAUAUAAAAAAAGGGCAUAGUGAAUUACGAGAAGUAACUGUUUUUUGUAUCCGAAGGACAAGGUCGUUUGUUUGUUUAGUUAGUUGAAGAGCUACAAACACGAGAUUGAUAAUAAUCUGGACGAAUUGAUUAACGUGGUUGAUAGUCACGUGAUGUGUAGAUAUUGUGAUCUGGUUCAAGGGAAUGAGUUUUAUCUGUGUGAGUAGAUACACACAUCUGAAUGAGAUGAGGAAGGGAACAAGCGAACAGAGAACCGAACAAUGAAGCGAAUUUUGAUGUUCUAGUGCCAGCGAAAAUUGUUCGUUGACUGAUUUAGAACUUGCGGGGAAAAAAUGUAUACGGUUGAUUGUGUAUACGAUGUUUUGAUUGGCCAGGAAGUAAAAUGGGGGCGUGUCGCUAGAGGUGUAGGCCAAUGAGGAUCGUUGUCUUGAUUAAACAGACAGGUUAAAAAAAUAAACAGGCAGAAAGUAUCGAAACCAAAUUUUUAAAGACAGCGGCUUGUAAAUCAUAUUUCUUCACAAAGCGGUCUCAUCAUACUUUUAUAUACAAAAAAUUUUGAUAAACGAUUUUUAUAAUUUAUGCUUUAGGUAAACAUUGUAUUUUAUAUAUUAUAUUUAAUACACACUUUUUUGAAUCAAUUGUAAUGAUUGCUAUACUGUAUUUGAUUUGUACUAGUAAGGAUUAGUCCUAUAAAUAUCUUUGGGACAUAGGGGGUUGGUCUUCCUAGGCACCCACAGGGGUCAAAGGUGAAUCAAGAUGGCGGAAUUUCCAAUUGUGAGCGUCUGACGUGUGCUGUACACAUUGCUAAGUCCACCAAUGGUGGGGGCGUGUUCUACAUUGUUGUGGUUGGUCAUACAAGGGGAGGAAAUAAAUAUUUGAAC